AUGGGAGAAUGGGAUCUUUUUCGAAAAGUUGCGAGAUGUGCAAUUGUCGAUAACAUCUCAAUUCCUCCAGAACAAAAGGGAUCUUCACGUUUUGGAUUUCUAAAAUGCGUUUCAACCGACGCAGCUAAUUCGAUUCUUCAGGCGUUUAACAAGGGCUGUUUUAAGGAAGACGGUUCAAAUGGUCUUCAGUUUUCUGAUUAUAAAAAAAAAGAUCGUCCAAUCACAAAUAACAGAGCUCGCAAGGACGAUGCGAAUAAGUUAGUUGGUAAAGACAAAGACGGAAAAGAAGAUUCAUCCGGUCACUCUCGUCUUAAUAAUUUUGCGAACGACACAUUGUUGCACCGCAAGCAAAUACCACUCGUUUAUUCUAAUUUAUUCUUUAAGCACAAUGACCUUGGCAUCGGAAAGGUGAAAAUAGCGGUGCCUCGAUAUCACUGGCCUUUCGUGUUCUAUGCAUUGCCUUUAAGUGAAGAAAUUAUUCAAACAAAGACAAUGUUACAAGAACAAGGAGAACUAAAUCGGCAAAUGAAAGAACAUGCAUUGUUAUCCAGGCAAUUAAAGGAGAUAAAAGGCUUGGCAAGUAGCGAAUUGUGCCUUAAUUCUUGUGGACGACGAAGCAUGACUGAACCAGCGCAGAUGAUGCUUAAUGAUGAUAUUCUUAAUGCAGAUGCAUUGAUGAUUGACCAAGAUAUAGUCAAUCUGAUUGGAUUGCCUGGUGAGCUCUAUAAAAAUAUUGAUGGCAAAAACUUCCAUGAUUCUCAUCAAAACUGUCUAUUGGUUGACGAUUUGGUUAUAUUCGAAGCAACUAUCGAUAAUCUUCAUGACUACUGGCGAGGACGAGUGUUGGAAGUAAACGAUAAAACUGCAGAUGUCUUAGCUCUUGAUAAAGCCAUAAUAGUCUCUGUUCAAUUUUCUUAUAUAUUCUCCUUCGACCUUAAAUUCGGGUUCACUCGCUUCAAGAUAAUUCCUUGCUCUAUCUAUGGCAUUACGAAUCCAAGAUCGAAUUUUACGGAAGUACUUCUGGAAUUCUUAAAACCCGCAACAUUCAGCCUCAAACCAGUUUGUUACAAUGGUCGCAUAAACUUUGUUCAACUGUUCAUUAAUAAUGAUCACGAAACAAAUUUGGACGUAGGCACUGAGUUAUCAUCAAAAGGAGUUUGCGAUUAUGAGCCUCAAGGAAAACGAAAAGUUUAUUCAAGAGAUGAAUUGUUUGCUAUUAACAGAUCAUUUUGUCAACAGAAGAUAAAUUCGAUGUAG